AUGAAGCGCAUUGUUGCACCGAGGCGUUGGUCCCAUGUCAACCGAGUGGAGCACCCACCGCUCAUGCUGAAGCAGCUCUUCCAGGGUGUGUGCGGGGGGCUGCGGUGGCUGGAGGCGAAGGAGCUCGCCGAGCACCUGGCGACACGGGCGAUUGAAGACGGCUACCCAAGCACCAACAGAAUUCGCCAGGCCCUUCAGGUCAAGCGGGCCCCACGGAGUCGGCGUCAACAGAUGCGGGAGGAGAUGAGGAGCGAAGCGGCGGCCGCUCUCCCGCUGACGUCCUCCCACAACACACUAACAGUGACGGGGGGCCUCUCGCUGCGGGUGACAAAGCCGAAGAGAGCGGUGCUGUAUGAUGUAUUGGAUUGUACCCUCGGCGGUGGCUUUCAUGCGGGGGCAGUACUUGAGAACGGAGCGCCCUACACACGCGUCGUCGCCAUGGACUGUGACCACGACGCCAUGCACGCCGCAGCGGAGUUGGCUGACCAGUUUGGUGCAGACCGUUUAAAGUUUUUCUGCUGCAAAAUGUCGGAGGCAAAGUCGUUCUUUGGCGAACGCUCCUUCGACGCGGUCAUGAUUGACACCGGUCCCUCCGAGACGCAGCUGGAGGAUCCGGAGCGCGGAUUUCUGCUUGACGACGAAAGUGCUCACCACCUUGACAUGCGCUACGGGCCACAGGUGGGGCUUGGCGCCCUUGCGUACCUCAACACAGUGCCGCAACACGUCCUGUCCGGUGCGCUGCGUGCCUACGGCCUUCUCACACCGGAGCAGUCAAUGAAGAUGGCACGCGAAGUGCGGCGCCGUCGACCUUUCACCUCCUCACAGGAGGUGCUUGGCUGCGCUGAGCUCGCUGGUGAUGUGCUACCCGAGGAAGGUUGGAGAACGCAGAGCAGUCGACGGAAAACACCCAUGUCUUUGAAGUUUCUCACCUCGUUACGCUGCAUUGUGAACAAUGAGAUGUACGAGCUGCGAGAGGCCGUUAAGAAUGCGCUGCUGCUGCUGCGAGACGACGGCCGUCUGGUUGUAUUCUCCCGACUCGGGUGGGAGGAACAGUUGAUUCGGAACACCGUUGAGGGCCAUCCAUACGCGCUCUUGUGUUACACGGAGGAUGUGCCCGCGGAGGAGGUGGGUGACUACGGCUUCACACGGCACACAAAGAUGUGGGUAGUGGUGCGCACUGCCAAGUCCUCCUGUGCUCUGAAAAACGCCGCUUCCCUCACAGAGGAGAGGGUUAGGGAGAGUUCGCUGCGGUGGCUGAGCGGCAUGUACGCUGGGCAGACGUACGGUUUUCCUGCGAACAACUUUACCUUCGAAAACAAGGAGCCAAGGGAGCGACGCACGUUGGAGCGGAACGACAGGCCGCCACCGCCAGACUACGGGCUCGCUGACAAGUAG